UCUCCUUAACUCUCCACUUCUCACAAACUCAAAAUCCUCAAUGGAGAAAAAAAACCACAAAGAGGGUACUCAUGAAGAAGAACAAUGUUCAAUUUCCAAUAUAAUUUAUUCGUUUUGUGCAGAAAAUCAUAAUGAAUUAAACCCUUUGCAAGAGAUAUUCGGUGCUCACUCGAGUUCAAAGCCGGAAGAUGUAACCAAAAACAGUGAGCAUGAGAAACACGGUGAGGAGCAAGACGAGGAAAGUUACCGUAUGGCUAAACGACAACGUUCCAUGGAAUAUCGUAUGAUGAUGGAGAAGAAAAGACGAAAGGAGAUAAACGAUAAAGUAGAUAUUUUGCAGGGGAUGAUGCCUAGUCGUUCCCCAAAGCCCGACCUUGCAUCGAAGCUUGAACACAUCAUUGAAUACAUCAAAAGUUUGAAAUAUCAAGUAGAUGUUAUGUAUAUGGCAUACACAACAACUCCGGUUUACACAUCACCAUUUUAUGCAACAGCUCAAGCACCAUGUAUGUCGCCUUGGGGCUAUUAUACGCCAGGAGUUCCAAUGAUGCCUCAGCAAAACAUGACCUAUAUCCCGCAAUAUCAUCAGGUAUAUGAAACAGCGCCGCCAAAUCAAACUCAUCCUUAAAACAAGCUCUAGCUAUGUGGCUCUUUAAGACCCUCCUGCUUUGGACUCGUUUCUGUUUAUAUAGACUGUCUUUGUAAACUAAGAUAUGUACAUAGAUACAUACAUACAUACGUAGUUUUAAAAUAAAAGACGAGUUACUUU